AAGUACUAGGUACAGUACAUUAAAUAUACGUCGUAAGUAGACAGCUGUGCGAAGGAAACGGUCCAUAACAAAGAUAUUUUACUGAAAAUAAAGCCCUGAAAAACUCACUGAAAAGGCAUGCAUAGCAAGGACAGUUGAAAGGGGGAUAAAGCAGGCCUCAUGAACCUCGUAAACCAGCCCGCAGAUCCCAGCUCCAACCUCCUCUUCGUGAAUUUUAACCAGGAUUAUACAUCACUGGCAGUUGGAGCUAGGACAGGUUUUAGGCUUUUCUCCCUUACAUCGGUCGACAAGCUUGAGCAUAUCUAUGAAAAUGAUUCCGAGGAUAUCUGUAUUGUUGAGCGACUCUUCUCAAGUAGCCUGGUUGCUGUGGUCAGCCUAUCAGCACCUCGUAAGCUGAAAGUAUGCCACUUCAAGAAGGGUACAGAGAUAUGUAACUACAGCUAUUCCAAUACCAUCCUAGCUGUCAAGUUAAAUAGAAGGAGGCUGAUAGUAGCACUGGAGGAGUCCUUAUACAUACAUAACAUCCGAGAUAUGAAGGUGCUUCAUACAAUACGAGACACCCCUCCAAAUCCAAUGGGUCUUUGUGCUCUAUCCAUCAACAAUGACAAUUGCUACCUUGCGUACCCUGGCAGUAAUCAGAUUGGUGAGGUACAGAUAUUUGAUACAGUCAAUCUGCAGGCUGUUACCAUGAUUCCUGCACAUGACAGCCCUCUUGCAGCAUUGGCUUUUGACCACAGUGGGACCAAGUUGGCUACUGCUUCUGAGAAGGGUACUGUUAUUAGAGUAUUUUCCAUUCCCGAAGGCAAGAAGAUGUUUGAGUUCAGAAGAGGUGUCAAAAGAUGUGUUAGCAUAAGCUCUCUAGCAUUCAGCACUGAUUCAUUGUUCCUGUGUGCAUCUAGUAACACUGAGACUGUUCACAUCUUCAAGCUAGAAACACCAAAAGAAAAAUCAACAGAGGAACCAACAAGCUGGAUGGGUUACCUUGGUAAAGCCCUGAUGACUCCUGCCAACUACCUUCCCUCUCAGGUGACAGAGGUCUUUAACCAAGGCAGGGCAUUUGCAACUGUCAAAUUACCAUUCUCUGGCCUCAAGAAUGUCUGUGCACUUGCCAAUAUUUCCAAGCCCAGAGUUCUUGUAGCAGCAGCUGAUGGCUUCUUGUAUAUAUACAACCUUGACCCAAUGGAUGGAGGAGACUGCACCCUUCUUAAACAACACAGAUUGGAUGGCCAAGUAGACAGCAGUGAAUCAAGUCACCUUGCCAGCAACCCCAGUGGGGUAGCAACUGGCCAGACAGCUGCUGCUGCUGCUGCUGAGUUGCCAGGAGGAAGCAGGCCAUACUCAGGAGUUGCUACAUUUGCAGCAGCAGCAGGAGGAGGUGGUAGUGGCAAGAUAGAACCACUUUCAGCGUCACCACAUCGAUCACCACGAGGGAGCCCAGCGAGGCAGGCAUAUGAUACAACAGGAACAGAUGAUCUACUAGGAGCAGCUGCUGAAGAACCACACCUAUAUGACCCUCCUGCUGGAUUGAAUACCCUUAGACUUGAUGAUGAUAAUGAGUUUCCUCCAAUGACACAUCAUACAGACUCAUCUUAAAGAUUCAUUCACUUCUAUUCAGGAGCCCUUCAGGUAUGAUGGGCAAUAUAUGGGAGUGCACUGUUUGAUUAAUUACCCAUACCUAAAAUUGUCAUGUGUCCGCUAUAUCUCAAACUGGCUUAAGAGUUUUUAAGGACAACAAAUUGCACAUCAUUUAAAAAGUGUGCUAAGGUAGCAGAUACAGGUAAGCACACUGUUAAAGUCCCGAGGUUUGACUUGAGCAAAGUUUAAAUCUUGUGAGAUGCACAAUGUCUGCGACUUGUUCCCCUUAUUGUUGUCCUUGUGGCUGAAGAAUUUGUUUUGGAAUAUUUCAGAUGGAAGCAUUUAAAACUGUUUUCCUGAAAGAUAAACCACACCUACAUUUACAUAAUGUUAUUAGCAUAUAAUUGGUAUACAUCUUAAUGUUGUAAAGCAGGGAAACGGGUUUAUAAAACCAAGACUACCGAUUAACAAGCAAGUUGCUUUCAUUCAAUAGUUAGUCCCCUGUGACUUCUUGAACACAGGUUCAAAUGGAAACAAAAUGAAGCCUGUUAUCAUCAAUUGCUAAAUACAAAACAUUUUUAACCAACUAUAAAAGUGUCUGCUGGGGUCCACAACUUUUUAAUACCAACAUAGUUUUUUUUGGGGAAAAGUUGUUGAUGAGUUUCCUGUUCAUGUUGUAUUCUAGCUGUCACACGAUAGACAUUUUGACAUACAUUUAUUACCAACUUGUGCUGUUAGACACAAUGCAGAACAGCCUGGUUCAUGUUCAUGUUGUAUUCUAGCUGUCACACAAUAGACAUUUUAACUUAAUUUAUUACCAACUUGUUCUGUUAGACACAAUGCAGAACCGCCUGGUAAUGAUGACUGCUAGGAUAGUGAAUUUUAUUUAUUUGUUUCAGAAUGCAUGCUUUGUAAAGAGUUCAAGGUCUUUUUUAAUGUAAUUCUUACUUUAAAAUACUGUUUGUCACAGUUGGAUUGGGCAUGUUUUCCCACUUGUUCUGGCAGUAACUUAUUUGGAUAUAUGCUUAAAACCAUCAGAGCAGUGCUGCUACACUGAAACCUCUGCAUCCAUAAAGAGAUCAGCAUCAAACAAACACAUGGUGUAACCGCAAAUUUACAUACGCUUAGGGGCUUUCCGGUGCAUUAUGUGCAGUCAUUUUGCUUUUCAGUCUAGUCAACAUUUGUAGAUUUUACAAGCAGCAUUCCACAUUUACCAUGCUACACAGGGAACAUAACAACAGGUGUAUCAAUGUAUUUACCAAACAGCCAUGUCUGUUUCUUUAUAUGAAAACAAAACAUUUUCCAGGACUGAAACUUGUAUUUUUGAAGCAGUCUUAAAAUUACUUUGGCAGUCCUAUUGGUUGAAAGGUGUUCACAUCUAUGUUUAGUUUACCUGGUAUUAAGCGGUUGAUUGAGACAUAGUUGGAGCUGUUUGAAGCAAUGGACACUAUUGGUAAUUGUCAAAGACUAGCCUUCACAGUUGGUGUAUCUCAACAUAAUAUGCAUAAAAUA